UACAGCUUUUGAAGUCUGUCGAGCAAGUAAUGGAUUAAACUGCUCUGUGUUAAUUCCAAGGAUGAAUAUGGGGUUUUCAAGAUACAAAAUGGCAGCAGCAGGAUGCAAGACCCAUAGAAAUAUCAGUACUUUUAAAUUACUUUGAGGAAGGUUGAGGAACUCUGGAAAAACAGCAAAGGAAUCAUGACGACCUCAGGAAAAGAGAAUUUCCGACUGAAGAGCUACAAGAACAAAUCUCUAAACCCUGAUGAAAUGCGUCGCAGGCGGGAGGAAGAGGGUCUUCAGCUACGGAAGCAAAAGAGAGAGGAACAGUUGUUUAAACGCCGAAAUGUUGCAACAGCUGAGGAAGAAGCAGAGGAGGAAGUGAUGUCAGAUGGUGGCUUCCAUGAGGCUCAGAUGAACAACAUGGAGAUGACUUCUAGUGCAGUCAUCACCUCUGAUAUGAUUGAGAUGAUUUUCUCCAAUAGUCCAGAACAGCAGCUUUCAGCCACUCAGAAAUUCCGAAAGCUUCUUUCUAAAGAACCAAAUCCCCCAAUAGAUGAAGUCAUAAGCACGCCAGGAGUAGUGGCCAGGUUUGUGGAGUUCCUCAAGAGGAAAGAAAAUUGUACAUUACAGUUUGAAGCUGCAUGGGUGUUGACAAAUAUUGCCUCGGGAAAUUCCCUUCAGACUCGAAUAGUGAUCCAAGCAGGAGCUGUCCCCAUCUUCAUAGAGCUGCUUAGUUCGGAGUUUGAAGAUGUACAGGAACAGGCAGUAUGGGCUCUUGGCAACAUUGCUGGAGACAGCACAAUGUGCAGAGACUAUGUAUUGGACUGUAAUAUCCUGCCACCUUUAUUGCAAUUGCUUUCAAAACAAAACCGUCUCACUAUGACUCGAAAUGCUGUAUGGGCUCUAUCCAACCUCUGCAGAGGGAAAAAUCCUCCUCCGGAUUUUGCCAAGGUUUCACCUUGUCUUAGUGUGCUUUCCUGGCUGCUCUUUGUCAAUGAUACAGAUGUGUUAGCUGAUGCCUGCUGGGCUUUGUCUUACUUGUCUGAUGGCCCCAAUGAUAAAAUCCAGGCUGUGAUUGAUGCAGGAGUCUGCAGAAGACUUGUGGAAUUGCUGAUGCACAACGACUACAAAGUUGUAUCUCCUGCCUUACGAGCUGUUGGGAACAUUGUCACAGGAGAUGAUAUCCAGACCCAGGUAAUUCUGAAUUGUUCAGCCCUGCAGAGUUUACUGCACUUGCUAAGCAGCCCAAAAGAAUCUAUCAAAAAGGAAGCAUGCUGGACAAUAUCUAAUAUAACAGCUGGGAACAGAGCCCAGAUCCAGACAGUCAUAGAUGCCCAUAUCUUUCCAGCUCUUAUAAAUAUUUUGCAAACGGCUGAGUUUCGGACAAGGAAGGAAGCUGCUUGGGCAAUCACAAAUGCAACAUCUGGAGGCUCUGCUGAGCAGAUCAAGUAUUUAGUAGAACUGGGUUGCAUCAAACCACUCUGUGACCUCCUCACAGUAAUGGACUCAAAGAUAGUGCAAGUAGCACUGAAUGGGCUGGAGAACAUCCUGAGGCUUGGAGAGCAGGAAUCCAAACGCAGUGGCACUGGCAUCAAUCCUUACUGCGCUCUUAUUGAAGAAGCAUAUGGCCUGGACAAGAUUGAAUUCCUGCAGAGCCAUGAGAAUCAAGAGAUUUAUCAGAAGGCCUUUGAUCUGAUUGAGCACUACUUUGGAACAGAGGAUGAAGACAGCAGCAUUGCCCCACAGGUGGAUCUCAGCCAGCAACAGUACAUCUUCCAGCAGUGUGAGGCUCCCAUGGAAGGCUUCCAGCUCUGAGGUGCCCCUGUGCUGUGUGCUUCUCUACCUAGCCAGUCCUGUUGUCGAGCCACAAGCCACCUGUGGAGUGAUUCUCUCAAUGUUUUCCAUAACCCUGUUUGCGCUCAUUCGCUUGCCUUGUGCACAUGCUCUUACAUACGUCUGGAAAACUUUUGGCUCUUCAUGGCAGGAUGCCCCCUCCUUGGCAAGGGGUCACCAGAAUCACCCUUCUCCUCUAGAUUCUGAACCUCUCCACUGUCAUCUUUGUGGAGCUGAGGCACCUUUCUAUACUUUGAGAUAUUCCCUGCUCCUAUUACAGGAAAAGAAUCCCUCUUCCACUAGCCCCCACACUCCUGGCAUCCAAGAUAAGGUUGCCUUUCUCAUGGAUUUGCUGCAGUGUGUGCCUGCAGUCCAGGGAGACAUUCAGACUUUCUGAGAACGUACCUGAAUUCAUUUCCCCAUACUCUUGCCUGGAUGCCUCUUUGGAUGGCUGGGAGAUGCAUUAGAUCUUCAAAUGCAAUGUAUCUACUUUGCUGUAUGUGCCAGCUGGGGUUAUUGGCAUAUAGAACACAUCACAAAUAAUGGAAUAAGUUCUCUAUCCCCUGCAACAACAUGCUGGAAAGGACAUGUUUUCUGGUUCUUAAAAAUACCGAACACAUCUGGCCCCAUCCCUUCUCAACACUCAGCUCCCAAGCUGGAUUGCAGACCACUGCGGAGAUUUGUAUACCUUCCCAGUGUUUCCAUCUACAACAAAACCACGUGUGAAUAGGUCACUCUUAGCGCCUUCCCAGAAAUGACUUUCCAAACCCACUUCUAGAAUGGAGAAACUACCCCCACUGCUGCUUUUCAGCACAGUGUGAUCCAGCUGGACCUUCCUUAAAAAUCAAGCCCUUCCUGACUUCAUGCUCCAGAGUCUGGUCGUUGGUAUUAUAGUUAUGGUUGAAAAAUUCCUGUCUGCCUCUUUAUAUUUUUACACAGCGUGACUUGAACAGAUUUAUCUUCUGAAAAAUUACCUUCCAAGUACAGGAAUCUUAAAUUUUAAAACUUAGCACAAGGAGCGUUAGAUCUCCUUUACUUUUUCACAAGACAAGAGCUUCCUCUCCAGCUCACCUGAUAAAAUAGUCCUUCUGGUCAAGCCCCUUAUUUAACAACUAAAAUGACACUACAUUCGAAGGAUAGUAAUAUUACACCCGGAUCUGCCUGGCCCUUUCAUUUCAUUUUUUCCUUUUGCUGUUUACGGGACUUCAGGUGAAUUAGCAUGGAACGCAUGGUUCCUACAGGUGACAUCCAUAAGGUAUCGCUGACUGCAUGACAGCUGUCACCCACAGCUGUAGACUGCCCUUCUGCUAGCAGCAUGUUCUUGGCUCCGCAGCCUGCUUGAAUCACAGACAUCUGAUGCAAAGGCCAGCCGGUCCUCACUGAGUUCAGCUGACAUUGGCAACAAGCUCUUCACACAGCUGGGGAGAUGCCACAUGAUUGAAAGUGGUGGUUCCGUUUUCUGUGAAUGCAAUGGAUUCUUCAGGCCGUCCGCUCCCCCCUGCAUCGGGCUAUGUUCUUUCAAGCCAUUUUGGAUGCUUGGAACACACAUUUGUCCAGUGUAAACAUUUCAAAAUCGCCACUGACAACUGCAGUGUCGUGUACGUGUGGUAAGUGUUAGUGGCAGAACUGUCUGUAAGAUCCUACUUCUGACUGCUCUCAGUGACAAGCCACUGCAAAAGCGAAAACAGCCCAUUGGAUACAAAAUAAUAAAAAUACAAAUCACUUGUCGAACUGCUGAAAGAAGCUAGGCAAAGGCCUGAACAUCAGCUCUGUGUGACCAUUAUUUAAAUAGUCUUCAGUUCUGUCUGUGCUUCAGGAUGGAGACUCCGACCUGUGUGGCCACUGCAGAAGCCACCUGCUGCCUCCUUAGCUAAGCCAGUUGGCCUCCACUUUCCCUCUCCCAGUUAUUUUCUCUAGUGCUGCUUUGUGCUGAAGAACAUUUAGUUUACUGCACUUGAUCUGUAAAUGGACUUCAAUUCUUUGUAAUUUUAGGGGGUUAAAUUUGGUGGUUAAUUUAAAAAAAAAGCAAAAAACCCCUCAAUGUUGCCUUUACAUCACAUAUAAAUAACUGUGUUUCUCUUUUCUUGAAGGGUGAUAGAAGCACUGAUUAGUAGCAAAAUCUUGUUUUAGCUUUUGGAUUUUUUUGUGCUGGAUUUUUUUACGUGUAAAUUUCCAAUAACAUGUCAUUUCUAUAAGAUUUGUUUAAAAUCAUGUACCUCUUAUUGGAUGGUAUAAAAAUGCUACAUAUUUUGUAAACAAAUCUGAACAAAGUGUGUGUGCAUAUAUUCUGUAUAUUCAUAUAUGUAUAUUCUGUGUAUAUAUACACUAGUGUGUAUAUAUACAUAUAUACACACACACACACACGUAUAUAUAUGCACACAUGCAUAUGUGUGUAUAUAUAUACAAAUCUAUAUAUCUAUAUAUCUAUAUAUAUAUAAGUGUUUUCUCUUCCAGGCUAGUGAAAACAAUGUGGUGCAUUGGCGUUUCCCUCCCCUGCCCCUCAAGAAAAUAAUGACAAUUGCCUCUCAAUGAGUGAAUUAAAAAAGAGUCAAUUUAAGCUGAAUGGUGUGCCUUCCUGUGUAAGGAGCCUGGCCAGUGUUUGUUACUUUUGCAGUGGAUAUGUGAAUUCAGAGCAGAUAAGUAUAAAUCUUUAACUUUGGUAUGUUUGUUUGAAGUGACAGGCCUGGUUGACACAGGUAAUAUUGUUGUUAUAUACUUAGACUGUGUAAGGAAUUUGACUGGUACUGCAUAGUAUUUUGACUGAAAACUAAAACAAUACAAAAAUCAACAUGGCACACAUUAAAUGGAUUAAAAUGUGGCUAACUCAUAGGUCUCAGUUUAAUUUUAAAUGGUGCUUAAUUGAGUGUAUUUCCAUCAGGAUCUUCCAGCAACCUGUUCUUGGCCUUGCUAUACUUAGCCUUAUUUAUGGGUUGAAAAGAAACAAAUUCUGCUUCUAACAAAGGCUGCAAAUUAUAUGAAUAUGGAAGGGAGAUCAGACUUGUGAAUUAUGAAAGGAACUACUCACUGAUACAGACUCAUCAGAAUUACUUGGUAAAUCAAGGGCAAGUAAACUAUUUGUAUUUUAAUAGAUCCAAAUAUGUAGUGUAAUGUUACCUGCCUAAUAAAUAACAUUCAGGCCACAGGUGAAGGACUCUGUUUUGGAGGAAAAUUGCAUCUGAAAGAGUAUGAGGAUCAUUAUAUGUUGUCACUUGAACACUAGUUCCUAACACAGUUGUGUGGGGCUGGUGUAAUGCUCAUAGAGACAAAAAAAUCUUUAGUAGAAAUGGGGAAUUCAUAUUAACUUUAUAUUCAGCAUUGGCGAAACAACUUUUACAGGAGCACUCGCAAUAUUGCUGUCUGCAACAAAACAGGAUGCUAAAAAACUGGGAACAGCAAUGAUUGUUCCAAUGUUGAAAGUUCUAUUCAGAUGGGAAUCUAAGGUACUUUUUAUCCUCAAAGUAACUAACAUGACAUGAAAGUAACAAAGGUUAUGUUCCCUGCUGGAAACAUUGAAACCAUUACUCUCUGCUUUUCCUGAAGAACCUGCUGCUGCUCAAACAAACUAUUUCAGACAACACCUCUAGCUCCCACUUUUGUGAAGGUCACACUGUGUUUUGAUCUGUUCUUGUUUUGUGUGUAAGAUGGAGGCAGCGUGGUCUCAUGUAUAGAGUGCUGACCAGGGACCUGUUGGGGUUCUUUACUUAGCUCUGCCAUGCAGUGUGUAGUGCCAGAAAAGUGAGCUCACAUAUUUUCUCCUGCCUUUAUCCUGAAAAUGGAAGUUAAUGCAUUUGUUUCUUUCUGCAUGUGGAGAUCUAAGCACCUUCCAACAGCCCCACAAACUGGUUAAGUGAAAAGACUAAUGGGAACAAGAAUCUCCAAGGUGUUCUUGCAGCAUCAGUUAAACUGGCUGAAAAGAAGAUGUGGGACUAUCUGCUAUUGUUAUCUAGCCAUCCUGUCCACAGACCUGGAAUGCCUUUUAAGUGUUGUGUAUUUGUUGGGACAGCAAACAGGAGCUGUCAUUCUUUCUGUUGGUAAAGCUCCCAGUGGGACAUUGUGGGCAGGGUCACUCUUGGAUUCAGGAGGAUACAACAGAUGAUGCAUGGACAGAAGGUAACUGAAAGCUCAAUAACUAAGUCAGGACCAAUGCUUGGGGUUCCUGGGAAGACACCAGACAUGGAAACAAUAUUUGAGGCAAAUGCUGCCUAGAGACUUGAGCUGGUUCUUAAAUUCCUGCAUGGGUUCCUUGAUGUCAACCAACUACUGGUGGUCAAAGUCCCUUCACUUAGUCGUAAGGGAAGGGAGUAAGGCGCUUGCCCCUGAAAACCUACAUGUUCUUGAACCUGCAAUUUUACAACUCUGAGCACCGAGACUGUUAAGAACUGAGUCACACCACCCAGUCCUAAAUGCUACAGUGCUCCUGGUGAUGUACCACUGUGAUUCCCUAAGGAUUUACAGAACAGCUGUUUUACCUCUCUUGCCAGCUUUAAGUAAUUCUCAAUCUUCCAGUAUGGUUUCUUUGCUUCUGGGAUCAGCACAGCUUAUCAUUAAUCAUUUCCCAUACCAGUUUUAGCUAGUAGAUGUGAAGGUCUCUCUUCAGAUGCCUGAGUCUUAGUAAUAAAAUAAGCAAGACCUUUUUGUGUAUUGCUAUGGCCAUGACCAUAGGGCUCCUGCAUGCUCUUUUGAAGUGGUGGUCAAGGUGUGAGAUUGAUUACUGCAUUGAAAAGUAUCUGUUGUCUCUGGAACAGGUACAGCAAUGUGGCAUAUGGCAUAGGAUUGACAAUUUGGCAUUUUUUAAUAAGUGUGAAUGGUGUUGGAAGACCAAACCAAAUGGGAGGAAGAAAAUCAAAUACUGUUUAAAGGAUUUGUAUGUUCUUCUCCACCUGGCACUAUUAAAAGGCUGGAGGCUAAAGCUAUGAGCUAGUUGUGUGAUCUGGAGUGUUACUGAGAAGUUCUCCAGCCAGCUAGACUGGCUGCUUAGGCCAUAAAUGUGUGCUUUUUUUAUUACCAUUUUCUGUUUUUAGAAGUGCUUUAUUGGAAAGAGGUGAUUUCUUUCAUUGUCCCUCUGAGAAAGAUUUACAUCAUUUUUCUAGGACCCAACUACUUGUUAUUUGAGACUCUGGAACCGACAUGGAAGCUGAAAGAAAACACAAAUGUGUACAGUGAUUAACAGGUUUUAUGGUAGAUCCUGAAACAGUGGAGAUACCAGAGUGGUAGAAGGAAAGGAUAUGUGACUUCUACAUGGACCUUCUGUCAAAACAUUGGACCAGAGUUCAAUUUUUGAGUUAACAGCAUAAAGCUUAUUAAAAGUUCAGUAAAAUGAAAAAUGGGUGACCAUUGCUGCCCUAGGUUAUUGCUUUCUAAAUGGUAUUUCAUGUAUUUUUAUUUGAAGUACUUUACCAAAUGGAUGAGUACAGAUAGUUUUACUUACCAAACUAGGUACCUGCCAGUUCUGUUCACAGAGUGCACUGAGAGGUGCUUAUUGAAAGGGGGCUACUUUUGAGAGAUGCAUGGUUUUUAAGCUCUGCCAUCACAAAGCAUAAAUCAAAUCACAAGUUUCUCGUUAUGGUAACCUUAAAUACUAUCAAAAGUGCACAUUCUCCUUUUUGGUCUCAUUUAAUAUAUAUAGGAGCACAGGCACAUGAUCUGGGAAGAUUACUUUUUUUUGUUCCAAACUGUGUGCCUCCUGGUAUGGCAAAGAACCAGAGCUGUCUUGGAAGACCUGUUCACGUACCUGCAGUGGAAUUAAGCGUGACUUGCGUUUAGUGCUGAAAUGAGUGGACAAAUCUGUGGAAGCCUGCUCUGCUUGGUUAACAGCAUACUUGCAAUCAUUGCCUUAUGGAUAAUCUAAGGACAGGUCAUGGCAUCACCUGAAGGUUAUAACUUCUGUGGUAGAAUGACUGCACAGCUUGUUUUAUUGGUUACAUUUUGUCAAUAUGAGUGGUACCAAGAAAUGCAAUUCAUAGAAAGGUGGACUGCAGCAGUUAUUUUCUAGCUCUGGAGUUAAUGACAAAGUACUAGAGAGGACUGCACUAGAUACAUUCUUGCUUUUCUGUUCCAGGUAUAAGGACAAGAAUUACCUCGCAUUUUUUAGGGCUUUUAAUUUUUUUUACAGCAAUAGCACUAAUUUUUAGUAGUACAAGAAAAAUAUAUAUAAUCUGCUUCCUACUAUCAGGAAGUUCACAAACUAAAUCUGUCAAAUACAUACUGUUUGUGGUGUCCCCAAGUGGCCAUGUGGGAAACAACUACUCUCUAUAUCUAGUGUACUCACUUGCCCUGUUCCACUAACAAAGAGAGUUUGGAGGAAAGAGGAGAUUGUUAGGAAAAGAAAACAGAUAUUUCUGUUUUGUAGUGAUUACAGGAUAAUGUAUUCAUGCUUUCUUGAACAUGACAGUACAGAACUAACAUACAGGAAAGAUGUGGCUGUAUCCUCCUUCCAGUGCUGAAAAGGACUCAGAUUUUCUUCCCUGGUCCUUUGCCUCUUCAUUUCUUCCUCUAAGGUUUAGCAGAUGUACUCUGAAGAGCUUCCUCUCUCCAUUGAGCUUUCUUCUCCAAGUUUAUGCUUGUAAGAGAUUCAUGCCGCUUUACAGCCUACAACGUCAUGACAAAGCAAGAGCAGAAAAUAUCACCUAAAGGGCCACAGAGAUGAAACUUGAAUCAGUAGUUUACAAAAUACCUGGCCUAUCCUUACCAAAGCACAGUUCUGUCAUCUUUAAUGCCAGGAAGAUAGAGGGUUAAAAUAAAACAUGUGGAGACUGUUUUGGCUUAAACUCAUUGCUUCUCUGGGAAUAAAUUAAAUCAUUUUGUUAAGGCACACUAGAAGAUACAUUCUGUGCUUCUGGACACUAUUUGAAUAUUCAUCUCUGAUCUUCACAAGUCAGAGGCACCGGAAACAAAUCAAUAGUUAAACAUAAUAGAUUCCAGCUGCUGUGAAAACAAGGGUCCCAAGGCAGCUGUCCUCCUCUUUCUUUCCAGUGUUUGCAUUCAUACUAUUCCAAUGUAACAUGAAAAUGCUCAGGGAAUUGUCAGUGCUAAACCUUCCCACUGUUUUGUUUCAGAGUGCUGCAUUCUUUUCAUUUUGAUAGAGGAAUGCUGACAUGUAGAAAUGUCACUUGACAUUUCAGUAGUUUACAGUGCUGGGGCUGAGAGUCUUAACAGUAUGCUAUAGAAACAAGAUCUGAACGUCAUCAUCAGAACUGCUUCAGAGAAAGGCAGCAUAAAAAUAAGGUUCUGCCCAUGUAGCUGCUUUAAGCUCAGGAUUUUUGUUCCCAGUCAUCCUUAAAAGAAUGUAGUAGACUGUGUUUCUGUUACCACAAUGCUCUUCAUCAAAAGCAACAUGCCAGUAGGCUGCACAGAUGAUAUUCACAUUCCUUGACUUUAAGACUAGUGCUGCUGAGAGGCUUUAGCUUGGCUUCAGUAACCAAAAAGUGCUCCUUGCUUAUUUACAGAAAUACCACAAAGUUAAUAGUUCACCAACUACAUUAAAAACACAUUCAAUUAAGGCAUGACUGACCUUGGCUGCACUUGGAAUUUUAGAUGCAAAUUAAAUCAUAGACCUAGUUCUGCCAUAUGCUGAACUUCAAUAUCUUGCCAAAUUCUAUGCAAGUGAAGGAUACUCAGCAUCUACAGGACUUGGGAGCUUUUCUAUAAAAUAGUUUUUUUAUUCAACAAACAAUAAUGAUUUAAGUUAUUUCAUCCACACCAAACGAAGCCUAUCUUCCAACACAACUGAAGAGCACAGAAUUAUUACUAACCAUCUCCUCACUGUUUAAAAAGACUUGAGAAUUCUCAAGUCUGUUUUGUUGAUAUUUCCAUGAUAUUGAUUCUACAAAUGUUGCAGUGUGUAGAGAGGCAUUGGUAAUAGGCCCAUACAGUGAAUUAUAUGGACCCCAUGGCCCAAGGAACAUUUACCUACCUACCAGACCCACAGAACAGAAGGUGCAUUUUCCUUUCAAACUCUCUCAGUCUGUCUGCAAAAUUCAGGAGUUAAAACACCACAAGCUAAAAUUAACUAUUCCACUGAGAAAAAAAAAGGACUAUUUUUUCCCUUUAAAGGAUGCAUAUGCAGUCUUAAUAGUGACACCCCCUUUCCUGACUUGGGAAUUAAUCAAUGAGGGUCACUUGUGGGGAACUAGGGAGACUUAUAAAUAACUUUUGCUCAGUGAUAAAAUGCAAAAGAAAACCCCCAAAACAAAACAGUGUAACAAUCCAUAAGAGGAACUGAGGAGUCUAUGUGAAGAUUGAUUUGCACUCACCAGGCAAAAAUCUGUGCUUACCUGCUUCCCUUUAAUCACCAUGAUUAUGCAUCCCAGUAUUGUCAAGGCAAUCAUUACAUAGCUGAACUUCACACGCAGUGUGGUCUUUGCUGCUCUGAUUGUUUCAAUCCUCAGGAAACAGUAAUAAAAGACUAAUUAUUAGAAACCAAAAUGAAUCAUUUAGCUACUUGUUUACAAUUUCUCCUGGCACCCUGUAAUGCUAACCAUACUUGGCUCUUUUCACAAAAAUGUUUUACAAGAAUGGGAAAGACUGAUCCCCAGUUACCGUGAGAGAUUUGUUGUUGCAAAGGAGUUCCUCUCAAAGUUGGAAACAAACCAAACAUUUUUGACUUUUGGUUAUUUCAUUGUUAGGAGACAAUACUGCCUUUCUAGACUUUCUAUUUGACUGCAACACAAAGGAAGAAUGCUGCAGUAUUUAAAUAUGGGAGGACAUGAAAGAAGAGAGGGAUACUUUUACUAACACAAUGUUUUUCAUAAUGUUAGCUCCUUCUGUGCUUAAUACCAGCUGCUUGUAUCUGCAAAGCCAGUGAGUACCCCAUCCAUAUUAGAACUGUGGUGUAUUUAAUAUUGUAAAGCCUUCAUUUGCCCUCAAUAGUAGAAGCACGUGAAAAAAACUGUCAGCAGGAAUACAGUAUAUAAUAUUUAAUAGUUGGUUUCUUCGGCAGAGGGAGACAUUAUCACAUCUUAGCAAUUCUUUCCGCCUGAACUUCAAAAUUUCCAUUGCAGUCAAUCUUCCCACAAGAAGACUUCCUCUGCUACAGGACUUGAUAAUGCUGCUGAGUGUAAUAUGAGUCAGAAACUCCAAACAGGACUUGGUAAAAGAUCAGUGGUUACCACUUCCCUCCUGCUAGAGUAGUCUUAAAAUAAUCUGUUUUCUUAAGAAACUAAAGCAGCACAGAGGACUGUAAGCUUUCCAACACCAGAUUUGGAUAGAGGACUCCUUUAAAUACUUUUUUUGUAUUUCAGGGGGCUUAUCUAGCCACUCCAGUAGCUAUCUGACUCCUUUAGGAAAUCUGUUGCCUAGUCUGCUGUUGUCUUUUAAAAAACAAAUUUUCCACAAGAAGAUUAUCAUCAAUUAUUAAAGCCUUCCAGCUAUAUAGGUGAUGAGUUAAAAAGUCAUUUAUUUAAAGUUGGUUUAAACUUUGAAAUCCUUCUACCCAAAUUACAUCUCAGUUACACCUAAUUCAAACUUCGUUUUAGAGAUACCGAUGCAAGAAAGGCCACUGAAGCAUAAUGCUUUUAGAUGUGCUUUCCACAAGAACCAAACACCUAUACCCUAUAUAUUUAACUCUCCUUGCAGAAUUUAGAGCAGUUGACUCCAUUCUCAAGGAGAUCCAAUAGUCUCACAUAUGAAGUUGGACAUAUUGUAAAAUUACAGAUUACUAGAAAAGCAUCAACAUCAUGUAAUGAAAGAAUAAAUGCAUCCAACUGGGUAAUUAUACCCUAAAACUAACAUGGAUGGUAGAUCUAAUGGAACAGGGAAAUUAUUACUGUACACAAACAUGAGUGAGUAUGGAAUCUCUUACAAGAUUUUGACGCUUAGGGGAAAAAAAGAUAACAAAGAAUCCAUGAUAGUUUAAAAUGGUAAAUCACAUAGGACCUGAGAGCUGAAGAGAGUUUUGGUCUUGUUUUUGAAGAGGAGGGCAGGAGUUAUUUGGUGGCUGUUUCACAGUAUUGAUCCGAGUACAAUAUUUCUGAUCCUAGGGAACAUGUACAUCUAUCAUGAAACUAAUAGUUAAAUUCAACUUCCAGGUUAUUUGUUUUUGCUAAUAAUCUGCAAUGAAUGACUUGUGCGCAGGCUGCAAUUAAGCUGAAACGUACAGAAGUGGGAUUUAAAAACUUUAUUAGUUAAUUUUGGAAGUACCUUGGAUGAGUUAGAAUAUACAAGAAGAAAGGGCAGUUAUCUGAAAACAAUUUGCAUUUUAAAUCAAUUCAGUGGCUGAGAUUAACAUUUGUUUAAUAAAUGAGUUACUUCUGAUCACAUCUUGUGAGAUUACCCAGUUCUACCACAAGCCCUUACGACCCAUUCUUAAUUCAGCUUAGAACAGGAAAACAAUCUUUUGCACUUUAUAGUUCUCAAUUGUCUUCUCACCUUUGGCUGAACUAUGCCUAAAUAAAAAAAAAAGAAUUUCUUAUGUACUUGCAAAAAUGGUCAGCUUUUAUCAGAAAUUGGUUUGUCCUUUCAAUAAACCAUUCAAAUGACUUCAA